AUGCCUUUAACAUUGCCCUCGUUUCAUUCUAUGCAACAUCAACAAGAUUUCUUUUGCCUUUCACCUUCAGAUUCUGCAAUGACCGAAAAUGACUUUUUCAAAAUACGUCCAUACCAUAACACCAAGAAGCAAAUGCCUAUUCUCGCCAAGAGCCGUCGAGGCAUGAGACCUAUGCGAUCAUCAACCACAUCCACUGCAUCACAAAAGAACAGAAAGCUUCGUUACUACAGCACGCUUCCUGCUUCUAAACCUGCACUCACUAUGAAUCAUUCGUUUUCUCAACAAGGCCCCAAGAAAGAUUUUAUCAGCUUAUUACCCUAUGAAGUUGCGUCUCAAAUCAUCUCGCAUCUGGAUCUUUCCAGCUUAUGCCAGGCUUCUACUGUAUCUCGUUCCUGGUACUCCAUUUCUCGAUCUAAUGAAAUCUGGAGACAUUUAGCUUCUCGUUGGAGUCUGAAUAUUCCGCAACACAUCUAUCCUCACCAAUUAGAUUGGUAUCAUCUGUACAAACAACGCCAUAUUCUCAACAAUCGCUGGGAGAACGGUCGUGUAGCCACUCAUUACUUGAUCGGCCAUAUCGACAGCGUGUAUUGUCUGCAGUUUGAUAAGCAAAAGAUUAUUACUGGCAGUCGUGAUAGAACCAUCAAAUUCUGGGACCUCAGCACUUACCAAUGCGUGCAAACAUUGUACGGUCAUGAAGGCAGUGUGCUCUGUCUAAACUACAAUGAUCACAUCAUGGUGUCUGGCUCUUCUGAUACUACAUUGAUUGUUUGGAACAUGAAGACGCUUCAGCCUAUCAUGCGUCUUCGCGGCCAUUCUGCCGGUGUACUUGAUGUUUGCUUCGAUGAUCGCUUCAUUAUCAGUUGCUCCAAAGACAAAACCAUCCGCAUUUGGGAUAUCAACAGCGGCCGUCUCUUGAGAACCAUUCUUGCUCAUCGUGGCCCCGUUAACGCUAUUCAGCUCCAAGGUAACAAGCUGGUGUCUGCUUCUGGUGAUGCUCUCAUCAAGAUGUGGGACAUCAUGACUGGUGAAUGUCUUCACAAAUACGCUGGUCAUACUCGCGGUCUGGCUUGUGUUCGCUAUGAUGGAACCAAAAUCGUAAGCGGCUCCAACGACAAGACCAUCAAAGUAUGGGAUGCCGAGUCUGGAGAUUGUCUCAUGAGCUGCGAAGGACAUACCGAUCUUGUGCGAACACUGAACUUUGAUAAUGAUCGCAUUGUCAGCGCCAGCUACGAUCAAAGCAUCCGUGUAUGGGAUAUCAAGACAGGCGCCUGUCUGCUCAACUUUCAGAGUGGCCACACUAGUUGGGUGUUUGAUGUUCAUUUUGACUCUACUCGCAUUGUCAGUGCUAGUCAAGAUCAACGAGUGCUUGUCAUGGAUUUUGCCACAGGCUUAGAUACCCAAUUCUUGUAA